UAUAUAAAUUUUAUAGGAAAUUAAGAAGGAUAACCAUUUAUCUAAAGACACUGAAACUACUGAAUAUGAAAUCGAAAAAGACUACAAUUUAAAUCAAACACAUUCAAAUGAGAUUGAAGACAUAAACAUGCUUCAUUCCCACAAUAAUGAUAUUAGUUCCUUUGUGAAUAAAAAUUUGUCUGAUGCUGAUAAACAUCUGGUGCUUACAAAUUUGUGGGUACCACCUUCCAACUAUAUAUUUCCAUUAACUACAAAAAAUAUGAAACGUGGGCUACGUUUCCAAUACAAAUGGCUUAAUGAAUUCCAAUGGUUAGCAUAUUCUGAAGGAAAACAUGGUGCGUUUUGCAAAUAUUGUGUUCUGUUUGCUAAAGUUGGGGGAAAAAAUGGUCAGCCUUUGGGAUAUUUUGUUAAAACAGCAUUUGAUACAUGGAAAAAAGCUAAACAAGAAUUUCGUGAACAUUCAGAAACUAUAUAUCACGUAUCAUCCACUUUAGAUGCUGAUCAUUUUUUAAAAGUGUUUAAAAAAACUGAACCAUCAAUAAUUAAUCAAUUGGAUACUGAUAGAUUAAAACAAAUACAAGCUAAUAGGAAACGUCUCAUUCCUAUAAUUGAGU